UCGUAAGUAAGCCGCUUUGCCUCCUACCACUCGACUCUCUCCAUUCCAGAAUCAUGUCCUAAAGACGCUAACUUGAUUACCACUAAUAGAAAUUUGUAUACUCAAUGUACUGUUAUUGGAAAUCCUUGUUUUUUAUACUAAAUUCUGGACGUGACUAAGAAAGACUUGAAUAGGGAGGGCUGCGCCUAGACUACGUGGGAUAUCAAAUGACUUAUUUUGGAGAUACGUCCAGCGUACCAGUCACUCUGUAAUCUCUUCUCCUCCAAGUCGUUUAGUCGAAAUGAAGUGGGCUCAGUCCAUCACCGUUACAUUACGUACAAUCCGUACGUUAUCUACCAUAGUUACGUGCCAUGCAAGGCAUAGGCGGAUGAUCGUUAGAUUUGCUGGACUCGGGUUAGGAGCAGCUACCUUAACAACCGUUGCUGCAGCAAGUGGCAAUACAAAUGCGGACGUGCUCCCUCCAUCUCUUGAUGUUUCCUCCUUCAUGGCGGAACCAGUUACGCCACGUUCAACUCUCAUUAAAGAUAAAGAUGACAUGAAAGUUAAAAUGGAAAUGCUUAUCAUGAAGAUUCAGGCAGAUUUUUGCCGUGCGCUAGAAAAUGAGGAAGAUCCUUCAAAGAAAUUUAUCGUUGAUCGAUGGACGCGUGCGGAAGGAGGAGGUGGAGUUACUUGUGUUAUUCAAAACGGCAAGACCUUCGAAAAAGCCGGCGUCAAUGUAUCAGUAGUGCAUGGCAUUCUCCCUGUUGAUGCUGUGCGCCAGAUGAAAGCUCGUGGAAAAGAAUUGAUUGGUAAAGAGCUGCCGUUCUUCGCGGCCGGUAUUAGUUCAGUAAUUCACCCAAGCAAUCCUCAUGUGCCUACUGUGCACUUCAAUUAUCGCUAUUUUGAGGUCACCCAAGAAAAUGGAGAAAAGAUGUGGUGGUUCGGUGGUGGUACAGACCUGACCCCCUAUUAUUUAGUUGAGGAAGACGUGCGGCACUUUCAUUCGACGCUUAAAAAGGCAUGUGACCUACAUGACGCUGGCUAUUACCCAAAAUUCAAAAAGUGGUGUGACGAGUACUUUCUGGUCAGCCAUCGUAAUGAAUCUCGAGGAGUGGGUGGUAUAUUCUUCGACGAUUUUGAGAUGCAUUCGCAAGAAGAUUCUUUCAAAUUUGUGAAGUCAUGCGCCGAAUCCGUGAUACCGUCAUAUGUUCCCUUGGUAAAACAACACAGAAACGACCCUUUUACUAGCGCCGAGCGUGAUUGGCAACUUUUGCGACGAGGACGAUAUGUGGAAUUCAAUUUAGUCUACGAUCGUGGGACAAAGUUUGGACUUUACACUCCCGGCGCUCGUAUUGAGAGUAUUUUAAUGUCUCUUCCGGUAUAUGCGGUGAGUUCUUUGCAGAGCACAGUACCUUUCGCGCAAAUGGGAAACUAUUACUAUUUCUUUCUUUUUUUUCAGAAAUGGGAAUACAUGCAUUCUCCCUCUGAUGGAACCCCAGAAGCCAAACUGACAGAGAUAUUGAGAAACCCUAAAGAAUGGAUCUGAUUUCCGGAAAACCACUAUCACUUAGUCAUAGAUGUGCAACUUUCUGUGUAACUUCCCCAGCACUAUUUGCUAUAUAUUUUAACAUAGAUUGGAAACAAUAAAGGGGUCAGAAAGGUC